AUGAGAACGCCAACCAGCUCCGCCAUCAGCCACUCGUCCUCGUCGCGGAGCCAGGUGGGACUGAGGUGUGCUAACAGAAGCUGCGAGUUCGCCGUGACCGAUGCUUCCUACGGUGGUUACUGCUGCAAGCGGUGUCAUGCCAACGAUGUGCGCUUUCAGCUCAGGUGCAUGCACACAGAAGCGCACGGGCACAAGUGCCAACAAGUGGCCAGCCAGGCCCGGCGGGCCGAGGCGAUCCCACCAGACGAGCCGGCAGCAGAGAGCUCCAGCAAGGCAGCGCUCAGGCUUCACAAUCAAGGGCGAUUCCAGGACUUGCGUUGCGCAUCCUGCAAAGUGGGUGAUGCAGGCGCCUGGCCUGCAGAACUUCCGGAAGAGGGGCCGGAGCAGCCGCAGGAGCAGCCCGAGGAGCAGCCGGAGGAAGUUCCUGCAAGGAAGCCUCAAACAGCUGCACGGGGCAGCAUCGCCUUGAGCCUCAAGCGCAAGAGGGACGCUGAAACUGAAACGCCGCCGUCAAAGAGACCUACGGCUGCAUCCACAGCUCCAGCCGAGCCUAGCACUGGAACGGAAGAGACAGAAGCAAAGCCGGCAAAGCCACCAAGACUACCAACGCCAAGGAAGACCAAGCCCGCCGUUCCGCCUGGAUUGGGCUCCGAGAGUGAACGCCGAAAGGUGGAGAAAGAGAUGGAGCUUGUCUCAACACUACGCCGAAUGCACAGGACGUGCAGGCGCGUCCUAGCUCGGUCCGAGCAGUUACCCGUGGAAGUUGCUUCUGGCUCAGAGGAAGAAAAAGAGCCGCCUCAUGAAAAGUACCAGCCUUCUGAACGAGAUCACCAGAUCUGGAAGCUGUGUGGACUGCGGCCGGUCGCGGGCUACGAAAAGGAUUUCGCAGCUUUGGUUGAUCAGGCCGAAGCCCGCGCAUUGGCGAGUGUGCAGCAAGGGGAGAGAAGGGUGCCCGAGCUGCGAAUUCUGGAACGGCUCCUUCCAGGUAACCUUCCCGACGCCGAGGACGUUGAGUACUGA